GCUGGCACCCUACGAAAGUGUGGUUGGUCGAGUUUGGUUAUUCUGCGGUCGGGGUAUGCAAACUAAUGUCAUUUUCUCUUUUUCAACUCUGACACACCAGCAGCUUUAACGACGAGAGACUCUUUUUCUAAAACUUCCUUAUUCCUCUUGGAUUUCACUUCACUUUCGCUCCCUCUGAGCUCAUGUAUGCUGAACCUUGACUUCCCGCACACUUCGGAGCCGGGGGAUGAAACGCCUCCGCUCUCGCUCUAGACCCUAAUGGUGGGAGGUGCAAAGUAAAUUGAGACCAGGAAGCCCCUAAACCCCAAACGCUUUCAGGAGGUGCUUCUUAAAGGUCUGGUUAGCAGAGCUCUUUUGUGUGUUGUUGUUGUUUGUGAGAGGCAGACCAGUCGUUGUGAGGAAGUCUGCUUUUCUCUCUUCUUUUGUAUCUGUGCUGUCUCGGAUGCCUCAGUCUGUCAUCUAAACUUCAGGUCAUGAACGUCUUUAAAGAGGCCUGCUGCUCCGUUUUAGGAGUUCUUCUGGCUCUGUUUCUGCAAGGGUCGUGUGUUGAUCCAGAGACGGAGGUCGUGCACAAAGCUGUUGGAGACUCACUGGAAUUAAUCGCUGAAUAUCCAAAAAAAGAUCUUGAAGCACAAUGGAAAUAUCAUGAGAGUGAUUUUGCUGUGUACCAAAAUAAUGAUUUCAGAAUAGCUAAACCUGAAUUAUUUUCAGGAAGGCUAAAGCUGUAUAAAGACAAUAUUAGCGUAACAGUAACAAACCUUAAACUCCAGGAUUCUGGAAGCUUCUCUAUUGUUGCACUAGCAGUAAAUAAUACACAUAUUACACAAUACACAACCAAACGGAUUGAGCUACAUGUUCAUGAUCUCAUCAGAGAGGUGAACAUUCAGUACGAUUAUUCCUGGCUGCAAUCUCAAAACAUCUGCUUGUUUCAUCUCCGGUGUGCGGCGUCUGAUGAUCCCGGGACCUUCUACAGCUGGAGCGGUCAUCAGAUCGGGACUCAAGGAUCUGACCUGAACAUCACUCUCGGUCCAGAAGAGAAAAACACAGUCACCUGCACAGCCAGGAACAACGUCAGCAUCAAGAGCACUACUGAGGAUGUAGUGUGCACAAGGAAAUCUGACGGAUCAAGUUUUCCUCAGAAGUAUGUGCUGAUGGCGGUAGGCGCCGGUGUCGUCGCUGUGGUCGUUCUCUGCGGAGCGCUCGCCGCGUGCUGCAGGUGGAGGAACAAGAGAGGGCCGUCAGAAAGCGAGGCUGGUAUUACAGUCUACGAAGACGUGAACGUUAGCCCGGCGAAGAAACGCUCUGAAAGUGUUAUAAACGGGAUGUCCAUUUAUGAAACGGUGGAUGAUACGAAACUCUCACAGAACUUGCCUCAAACACUGUACGACAAAAUCAACUAUCAGCGUCACCCUGCGGUCAGCACCAGCACUUCCUCUCCUUACCAGGAAGUCCUGUGAGUGAGGCACAGACGGCGCUUCAUGGCUCCCAAGAUGUAGGUGACCGUUUCUUCAGCGGGACACAACGAAGAUUUUUAACUCAACCCUUUGCAGUCUGUCAGUCAUAUAAUGCAAGUCAAUGGACACACAAUGUUAGAGAGUGAAAAACAUGCACGGACAAGUCCAAAUGAAACUCUGAAUACACAAAACAAUUGGUUUGUGUGAGAAACUGAACAUCAUUCAUAUCAAUGUUUAAAUAACAUCCAUUGCAUGAAGCCUCUUUGCGCUCUGCACAUAGAUACAUAAGCAUAGAGCUUUUCUAUGGGCGCUGUAUGUAAGAAUCUGCAGGAAUAUGCACAUAUAUAUCUAAAACAUCAAAUGUUUAUUUUUGGGUGAACUGUCCCUUUAAUAACAUCUUAUAUCGCACUCUACGGUUGUCCGUAACAGAAGAAGAACCAUGUAGUAACUGAGCGUGUUCACACCUGGAACAUCGUAAUAAUGUCUUUCUGUGUGUGUAGGAGUAUAUAGACAGCCUUUGCAGUCAGUCAGCUGCUCUCUGCUUUCAGACUGCUGAGACAAGAGCAUUAAAAGUCACUUCCCCUCACUAUAAUUAGGCAUUUACCGAUUGGUCAGUCUCUCAGAAAUAAUGCCACUAUAUUUUUAUUAUAUAUUUGACAUCCAUCCGAGAUGACUAACUCAUCAGCCAGACUCUCGACCCGCCGUCUAUGUCCUUAAAGCAUCAGUUCAGCCAAAAAUGAAAAUUAGUCCAUGUUUAACUCACCCUCAAAGCAUUCUAGGCGUAUGUGACUUUAAGUAACACUUUAGAAUAGGAAACCCCUCAAUACACUCCUACUUCGCUGCUUAGUAAUAGUGCAGUAUUUGUUCAGUUUAGGCAUUAGGUGGAGUUAGGGAUGUAGAGCGAGGCAUUAAUAAUGUGUGUUUCCCGAAGUAAAAAUGUCUCGGUGGGUGUUUUUGCUCAACAGUCCAAAUGUAGCAAUAUAAAUCCAUCAUAAAAAAUAAAAUAAAUAUUUAUUCGCUCUUCCAGAGCCGUGUUUUGGACUGUUGCACAAAGACACAUAAUGCUUAGAAGAGCCCGGGCAAUUUUUAUAAAACUCCGACUGGAUUCGUCUGAGAGAAGAAAGUCGUAUACACCUGCUUCGAGGGUGAGUAAAACAUGGGCUAAUUUUUAGUUUUGGGUGAACUAAUCCUUUAAACGUCUUUCACGUAACGAUAUUAGGGGUGUAACGGUUCACGGGCAUUUUCCGUCGUCUGGAAUGCACUCGUCAAAGGGGGUGAUGUCAUUUCCUGGUUAUAUUUAGCUGGGACGUUCCCAUGACAACGAACAUGGGUGUCGCUGUUUUAAUGCCAUAAAUGUAUUUUUAUUGCUGUUAGCAUAACUGUUGCAAAUAAACAUACAUCUUAUAUUUGAA